ACCCCCAGCUCUUGCCUGGUUUCCCCAGCCACUAGGGUCAGGCCUGAGGAGUGGAAUGGAAGCUGACCCUCUGUCUGUGUCCCCAGUGUUCCCACUUUCCUGUGUGGUGCAGCAGUAUGCCUGGGGGAAGAUGGGUUCCAGCAGCGAAGUGGCACAGCUGCUGGCCAGCAGUGACCCACUGGCCCAGAUCUCAGAGGACAAGCCCUAUGCAGAGCUGUGGAUGGGGACACACCCUCGGGGAGAUGCCAAGAUCCUUGACAACCGGAUCACACAGAAGACCCUAGGUCAAUGGAUUGCUGAGAAUCAGGACUGCUUGGGCUCAAAGGUCAAGGACACCUUUAAUGGCAACCUGCCCUUCCUCUUCAAAGUGCUCUCAGUUGAAACAGCCCUGUCUAUCCAGGCACACCCUAACAAGGAGCUGGCAGAGAAGCUGCACCUUCAGGCUCCACAGCACUACCCCGAUGCCAACCACAAGCCAGAGAUGGCCAUUGCCCUCACCUCGUUCCAGGGCUUAUGUGGCUUCCGGCCAGUUGAGGAGAUUGUAACCUUUCUGAAGAAGGUGCCUGAGUUCCAGUUCCUGGUUGGAGAUGAUGCGGCAGCACAGCUGAAGCAGAGCAUGAGCCAUGACUCCCAGGCUGUGGCCUCUGCUCUGCAGAGCUGUUUCUCCCACCUGAUGAAGAGUGAGAAGAAGGUGGUGGUAGAGCAGCUCAACCUGUUGGUGAAGCGGAUUUCCCAGCAAGUGGCUGCUGGAAACAACAUGGAGGACAUCUAUGGCGAGCUUUUGCUGCAGCUGCACCAGCAGUACCCAGGCGAUAUCGGUUGCUUUGCCAUCUACUUCCUGAACCUACUUACCCUGAAGCCAGGGGAGGCCAUGUUUCUGGGGGCCAACGUGCCCCAUGCCUACCUGAAAGGAGACUGUGUGGAGUGCAUGGCCUGUUCAGACAACACAGUACGUGCUGGCCUGACACCCAAGUUCAUUGAUGUGCCAACCCUAUGUGAAAUGCUCAGCUACACCCCCAGCCCCAGCAAGGACAGGCUCUUUCUCCCAACACGGAGUCCAGAAGACCCCUACCUCUCUAUCUAUGACCCCCCUGUGCCAGACUUCACCAUUAUGAAGAUGGAGGUCCCUGGCUCCAUCACUGAAUACAAGGUCUUGGCGCUAGACUCUGCCAGCAUCCUCCUGAUGGUGCAGGGAGCAGUGACAGCCAGCACACCCACAGCCCAGACAACAAUCCCCCUACAGCGAGGUGGAGUGCUCUUCAUCGGGGCCAAUGAGAGUGUCUCACUGAAGCUUACUGUGCCUAAGGACCUGUUGAUAUUCCGUGCCUGCUGUCUGCUGUAGAGGCCACAGCUUCCCUAGCUCUCCUCUGCCAGUCACCCCAAAUCCUGGCCAGCCUCACUUCCUUGGGCCCAGCCCAAGCCCCGUUCCCGUAUCUGGACUCCCUUGGGUACAUCCUGGAAGAGCUGGCGGGGAGGAGUGAGCUUGAAGGUAGUGACUCCUGAGUACACCCAGGCUGAACAUCUUUGGCGAGGAGGGGCCUGAUACUCCUUGUAUCUGCUUGCCACUCCUUGCCACCCGAGCCAGACUUUUGCCAACUCCAAAGGCAGCAGCUCUGCUCCAGCCUAUAGCAUUAGGCUAUCUGGUGAAAUCUGUGACCCAGUAUUAGCUCAGCAUCUGGCAGAGCAAGAGGCAGGUAAUUUCUAAGGACAGAGUUCUUGCCCUGGGACUGCCCAUUUCCUAGGCAACAGAGAAGGAAAGGGAAAGGGCAGGCCUGUGCACUAGUGUUGACUACACUUCUUGCUCUGUCAAAGCAAUUAAAGGUCAUUUGUGUUGCA